GUAGUACUUCACUCGUGGGCGUCGAUCGUGGGUCCCCGACUAGACUAUCCACGCUCAUACACUCCUACCCUCCGACGGAUUGUCACUGCCAUGCCCGAUAUAGACAUCCCGAACAAAUUUGAAAACGACACGUCCCUGCAUUCCCUAUCAACAACAUAUCACCCCGAGGACGAAUUUGAACAGGCGUGCGAGAUCCUGCUUGAGCACGACCCUCCAGCAGACCUCAACGCGCAGACCCGCCGGGAUGCCACUCCUUUGUCGAUCGCAUUCGAGACCAAAGACGACCCAGCUAGGCGUGGUCUCUUCCUGUUACACAAAGGUGCCUCACCAACGCUUUUUACGGAUCAAGGUAAAGAUAUCUUUUUCGCCAUCGCCAACAAUGCCAUUCUUCACGAUAAAGACACUUACGACCUGAUCACCGCUGUCCUGCAAUAUAUCUGUUCUGGCAGAUCCGCCACAGAGAGUAAGGCGAAAGGCACCGGGGACAUUCAUGAGACUUACCAGAAACUCUUCCUCCCCAAUCAGGGGGCAAUACACAGUCUCAUAGCCGCCGUGGUCCGCGGCAAGGUCCGGACUACCACGCUGCUUCUUUCUUUGGGCUUGCGGUCGCGCCUGAAUGACCUUGAUCCAAGCAAGCCUCGUGGCUUUACUGUCCUCGAUCAUGCCCUGCACUCCGCCGAGCUCAGCCGCCGGGCCCAUAUGGAGAAACUGGCCAUGUACAAACCGGGUCCAGCACAGCGGGCCGCUGUAGACGACCAGGUCGUCUAUGACGAUGGGCAGGGUCCGCCUGCUCGAGCUGCAGAAGCAUACCAUGCUUUUCCGGUGGUGCUGCGCUGCCUGUGCGAGGAAGGUGCAAAGCGGGCUUGUGAGUUAGAGAUGUCGGAUAGCCAUGCUGAUGGUGCUGGUGCUGUAAUUGAUGGCACGUAUAUUCAACAGCAACAAUGGUGGGAUUGGACCUCCAUCUAUACAUAUAAGUUUACCCCGGUCACGCAGCCACAUCGGGAGCGGUGGGAACUCCUUUACGAGCUGGCAAGAUAUCCGGUCGGUUGGAAGGAGGAACAGAUCGAGGAGUUGGCGGAGCGGUAUGCUGCCGAAAUCUGGAGGCCGGAUACCCGCUUUCUGGAGGAAGAGGAGGACCGGCAAUUUGUUGGCGCGGUGGUGGCUAAGAUUGGAGUGGUGGAUGGCGGUGGGGAUGAUGAGGGCUCGGUGGUGCGGUUAGAGGCAGUCGAUCCGCUCAAGGGCAAGGUGGAGGUGACUGUUGGGGUUGCGGAUGGGAGGGUGGUUAGCAAGACAAAGAUUAAGUGAUGUGCUAGAUGUAUGUGCAAAUCUGUUGUUGGAUUUAGGUUGUUGAGAAUUGACUUCGAUGCAAUUUCUAGACUGGCCCUGUCCAGUUUCCUGGAAGGGUCUUAGGAUGUCCGCCGUGGCAUUGAGGAUAGACGAAAGGCAACCCCGCUUCAAGACCCACUGGAAGCCUUCAUUGAGUCCGUCUCCCAUUCCAUACCCUAGCUCUGCGACCAAAUGUGCGCCGCCGGUGAUAUCGGUG